GUGAUUGGCCGAUAGAUCCUAAGCCACUGCUUCUUCAGCUGAGUGUCAACACAGAUCUGUCAAGCUGUUGUUUGUAGAUGAAAUAUCAUCAAGAAACUUGUAAAUUACAUCUUUAGCAUUGUAUAACGGCUUAUUUUUCAAGAUGACAGUAGCAGAAUUUUUCGGGUGUGGGCUAAUCGCCUUUGGACCUUCUCUAGCGAUGUUUGGGCUAACAAUAGCCACAGAUCCCAUUCGGACUAUAAUGCUGGUCGCCAGUGCAUUCUUCUGGUUGCUGGCAUUGCUCUUCUCAUCAAUAUUAUAUACAGCUGUAGUACAACUACAAGAUUACUUGGUAUUUGGAGUAAUCUGUUCUGUCCUGUUUCAAGAGCUAUUUAGAUUCUUAUGGUUCUUGUUGAUACAAAAAGCAGAGGGAGGUUUAAAGAAAGUCAGUGAUGGUAACAUGCAGAUUGUUGAAAAUAAACACAUUUUGGCUUAUGUGUCUGGCUUGGGCUUCGGCAUGAUUUCUGGUGCCUUCUCUCUUGUGAAUGUGCUAGCUGAUAUGACAGGACCUGGAACCAUUGGCAUGAAAGGCGACCCCAAAAACUUCUUCAUUGUCUCAGCUGUUACAAGUCUUGCAUUCAUCUUGCUCCAUGUCUUCUGGGGGAUCCUCUUUUUCAAUGCCCUCCAUCGCCGUGCUUAUCUGCAGCUGGCUUAUGUUAUCCUGUGCCAUAUGCUGGCCUCCUGUAUAACUCUUAUGAACCCUAUCUAUUCUGUCACCAUCCCAACUAUCUGGAUUCUAACAAUCCUGUCUGGGGUGUUGGCCUUCAUUGUUGCUGGUGGCUCACACAGAACCAUCCAAUCUGCCUUCCGAGGACGUCCACAGGUUCUACAGGUCAAUGCUGAUGCCACUGGCAACUUCACACAAGUUGGAGGGAUGUGAGACCCCACCCCAAGGACCUUUUACCUAGGACCUAUAACCUUACACCUCUAGGAGAAGCAUCCUCUUAUAUUUUGUGAAACAAGGAGGAUGUGAUUUUUGUAUUUCAGAUAUUUGUGGGCAGCAAAGUUAAAAUGAGAAGUAGUUGUCUUUAACAACAUAUUUUGAGAUGCUCUAGAGGGUGGAGACUCAUAGUUUGUGGUGUAACACUGAAGAAAGGAUUAUUUUCUAGUGUCAGAACUGCUCCCUGAAUAUAAAGGAAGUUUAAUAAUUUGCUUAAUUAACCCAAUGCUGCCAGGCAUGGCAUAUAUGUACAUGCCAUGCCCACUGUGAGUGUACUUUAUUAAUUGUUUUUAUACAUAGAUGGCUACACAUACAAAGUCAUCAGUAAGCCAAUUAUGAGCAUGGCCUGUCUCACCCAUUUACCCAUUUCCUUGAUUUACAAAAAUAUUUUAUGUCAUCUUAUUUUGCUGUUAUUAAUGUUUAUAACAUUAUAGUAAUUAUAAUGGCUAUAAUAAAAAUAACACCAUUGAUAUUCAUAGCAUUGGUAAAAAAAACAUUUUUCCUGCCAAUUCAAGGAAAGGUAAAAUCAGGUACAGCCAAGGUCUACUAAUUGACUCCUCUGUGGCUAAGCAUGAGCAGAGCCAGCUAUGUACAGACAUUUCACAAAAGAAGAAGAAGAAAAAAAAAAAAAAAAAAUGAGCACAGCAUUUUCCCAGCGGCAUUGGGUUAAUACUAAUUAAAUAUUUGAACUGAGUAACUGCUAAAAUAGAAACUUUUUUUAAGUGAUUUACUACUAUUGUGAUAUUUCCAAAGCUGUGUAAUAUUAAGACGACUUAUUUAUAUAAUUUGUCUUUUUCUCGGUAGUGUUAUAUACCUUCUGUGACUCUUGAAUUUCAAGUCAUUGUUUCUUGUUUCAUCAGCAUGUUGAUUAAGUUGGUGACUUCAGAAUUAGUAAUUAAUUAUGUGUUUUACUAGGAAAUGGUAGAUAUUGAGAAAAAAUUAUGUGUCAUUGGCGUUAAUUUGUGAUGUGGAACUAUAUUAUAAUGGAAAAUGUUUUGAAGUACCUUUAAAAGUUCAUUUGCACUAUUUUUUUUGAAUGUGAGAAUCGUACAUGCUAUUUGAAUAUCAGAAUUUAAGACAUAUGAAUUUUGGUUGGAAUUAUUAACCUAUAUAUAUACAUGUCCUGUCCACCUGUGAUUUAGUUUAUUAAUCUUGCAUAUAUAGAGAUGGCUGCAUGAAUGCUUAGUCAUCAGGGAGGUAAUUACUAGGGUCACCAGUUUUCAACUGUUUACCCCAUUCCUUGAAUUUUUGUAAAGAAAAUUUCAUAUUUUAAAAUUAAUGUUGUUAUUGUUAUUGAAAUUAUAACAAUAAUAAUGUUAAUAAGAAUAAUAGCUACAUAACUAGAUAUAGUAAUAUUGUUAGAAAUGACAAGUUUUUCCCCCUGAAUCUAAGGAGUGUGGUAAACAGAUGAGGCCAGAUAGAUCUAGCAGCAGAAUCUUUGGUAACUAGGUGAUUGUGAAGCCAAAUCAAAACUAAGCUCCUGUGGAUGGGCAUGUAUCUAUGCCAAUGGGUUACUGGAAAAGUAGAAAAGAUGCAAUAGGAAAGAAAAGAAUUGAUGACAGUUGUCAGAAGCUUAUGGUUGUAUUUGCAUAAGUAAUACAAAGUACCUCCUCUGCUAUUUUUUAUGUAAUAAGUGAUUUUUAUGCUAAUAGCUUUGUACAAAGUUGUCAGUGGUGGCUUCAGAACGAGAUAGAUUUGAAAGAGUUGUCAGUGCUGUAUUCACUAUAUUUUAACUCAAUCACUACAGAUUUAUGUACUGUCCCCUGUAGUUUUUUGUGGAUUUUGUUACAGGUAGAUGGCUUCACAUAUUCUCAGCCAGCAAAGAGUGUAUCAGUAGACCCGAGUGACUGCUCCUGAUUUCCCCAUUCCUUGAAGUUGUGGGAAAAUGUGUUUUCUUUCUAAUACUAUUGAUAUCGACACUGUUAUUAUACUUACUGAUAGUAUGAUUAUUAUUAUUAUUAUUAUUAAAAUCUUGGUAACAUUAAAGACAAUGAAAUGAUACAAAAGAAACUUUCCAAAAAUCAAGGAAAAGGGUAAACAGGUGAGAUAGGUAGGAGUAAUAACUGACUCUUUGGUGACUAAGAAGCACUUGUAGAGCCUUCUAUGUAUAAAUACAAUAAAUGAACUUAUAUUACGGUGGCUUGGCAUGUAUUCUUGCCAUACGUGCUGAUUGGGUUAAUUACUCUGCCUUGUAAAUGGUUAAUAGAUUGGGAAAGUAUUUGGAAAUCUUAUUAAUUUGGGGAGACUUAUGAUUGCAUUAAUGUACAUUCAUACAAAGUGAAACUAAUUUAACAGGGUAUCUGUGGAAUAAAAAGAGAAGUUGGUGAGAAAGUUACUUUACCCACAUAAAAGAGAAUAUUGAAAGGAGUGAAUUUCUGUUUUGAAUCGGAAGUAUUUUAUUGAAAUGCUUGUUAUGCUGGAGAGGAUAUAUUUUGGACUUGAUAAUCUGAAAAAAUGCAUUAUUUUUUCUUUACAUUUACAUUUACUAUGAAGAGAAUAGUAAGUGCCAUUUUUUCCCAAAAUGAGAGUUCUGUACAAUUUGUACUUACAUACUUUUUGGAUAUUACUAUACUUAUAUACAAUAGAGAAGUUUGAAGCUUCAUGUAAUUUUUAUUAUAAUUUGUUUAGAUUAUUUACCUAGAGAAUGUUUGUAAUUAUGCAUUCCAUGAAAUGGAUUCUCAUGAAUGAAAAACUUCAUAGCUCAGUUCAUGCUCAUGGGACUUAAAGAUAUUUGGUAAAUGUUUUCUAACAUUUUUUGUGGAAGCUAAUGUAAUGCCAGGUAAUUGAAAAUAUCAGUUUUUAUUAUCAUUAAGAGUGCAUAAUUCAUCACAUUGAAAUUGUUAAACAAUUUAAGAAGGAAUGAAUGACAUGCAGAAGGAUAUUCUGGAGGGCUUCACAUGUUAUUGGGAAAAGCAAUGCUUAAAGGUUGUAAAUCAGAAGUUGGAGUGAUAGCUGUGUGUAGUUGCUAUUUUUUAUUAGAAGUGUAGAAGAGUUGCCAUUCAAAGUAAUCGAGUGAAAACACUUGCAUAUAUUGAAAUCAAAUCAGUAGUCUUUUGGGAAUGCAUGCCUGAUUUUAUAUGCAUUUGAGUUUCAAAACUAUAGGAUACUGAUAAGGUUUAAUAUUUUUAUAAUUUAUAAAUUAGCAUGUUCUACUGAAAAACAAAGUUUAUGAUAAGACACAUUUAGUAAUCCUAUCUUUUAUCAUUUUAUAAAGGAAUUUCACUGUGUAUUUAUGUCUUGAAAGAUAGUUUCUUUGACAACUUUAAGUACGUAUUACAAAGGUUGGAAGAUUGUCUGCCAUGCUAACAUGUUAUUAACAGAAUAUUCCUUGCUGCAGUUUAAUUAAUAACCAUCUCCUGUGGAUAAGUUUAAGAUACUUAUAUUGAGAAUAUUCUACUGGAGACAAGCUGUAUGAAAAAUUAAGUUUGACUCAAAAUUAACUUGUUAAUUAACAAGUUACCCUGCAAGUUAAGGAGGAGUCAAAACAGGGAAAUGCAGUGUAUGGUGAUUCAUAUUUCUGUCUUGAUACUGAAUGAAAGUUAUGCAAGAUCUUCCCUCACACUUUUCAGUAAUUGUAUCAGGGGAAUAUGACUUUCAUAUUAAAAUAUAUUGUAUGUAUUUGUAAAUAAAAAUGUUUGUAACAUGAAAGCUUACUCAAAAAGU